CAUACACAAAACGAUUAAUUUUAAUUCUGUUGGUUUAUAUUGUUUUGUAUUGUAUAAUUCACAGAACAAAAUCUACCGUUGUUAAAUUGUUAAUAAGGAAAAUGGUAUAAUGAUAGCAAAAUUUGCCCGCGAAGUAUUUUAUGAAACUUGAAUUAUUCGCUCGCCGGCUUUAUUUCCAUAAAAGAACUUUGUGCAAAAUGGCAUUCACUGAGUCCCCGGCAAAAGCGUCACUAUGCUGCGAAGAAGGCACGGAAGGAGCUCCAUCGACAUAUGCUAUGUAUGAAGCCUUAAAAGAUUCCUGCCAGAACAAUGCGACCUAUUUUCAACCGAAUGAUACUGAAACUGCACAACGAUUGUACCAGGGUUUCAUGACUAUGAUGGAUCAUGUUGAUACUGUGUGGCCUUUGGUAGAUCAUGUAAGAAAGGUGGCGCCGCUAUACGAUUUUGAUGCAGCUUCUCCUGGUAAUGGAUAUCGCAGUUUUGUGUCAGUAGUAGAUUCGUGUGUGCUGCAUGGCCUGAAAAUCAGUCGUCAGGUGUGCAGUGCCAGAGAUUCUUUGCUUUUUCGUAAAGCUUAUUUUGUCAGGGAAAUAGAAUCGUGCGGACAGCUGUUGGCUUCAUUAGGUACCUGCCUACAUCACCUACACACUUUACUGUCGUGGGCGCCCCCUGGAGAUCUAUUCCCGACAGAACAACACUCUCCUGAACAAUUGUUCUCACAAGCAGAUACAAUAAACCAAUAUUGUUUUUAUGGAAGAUGUCUUGGGUUUCAGUUUAACCCCUCAAUGCGUGGUAUACUGAAAGGUAUAUCAAUUUGUAUGGCUGGUUUUUCGGAAGCUUACUAUAGCCACGGAAAUCUGAUCAGCUCUGUUUGGACCGGCGGACAGUACAUCAUUGAUCCAGAGAUGAGAGCGCGCAGGAUUGUCAAUAUAUCUCAAUCGGCUAGCGUCGAAUUCUGCAAGGCAUUCUGGUUUUUAGCUGAAAGCGAAAUAAUGAAGCGCGUACCCAGCCUCAUGUCGUCUACAGUUGCCGUCAACAAAUUAAUAACAAUACCACCAGAGCCCAUCACUGUGUAUACCACUGAUGGCAAGGAGACCACUGUCUUACCACCUACUGUCCACAUAGGACUCCAAGGUCUCAACGUGAGGCUAAUAAGCGUCAACAAACGCAUGGGGAUGGUUGAUGAAGGUUCUUCAACUUUGCCGCCGGCCGACGGCAUCAUCUUCCACUGUCAUGGCGGGGGCUUCGUGGCGCAAAGCUCUAAAUCUCACGAGACGUACUUAAGAGAUUGGGCGGCCAAGUUGAAUGUACCAAUACUGUCAGUGGACUACAGUCUCGCACCACAAGCACCGUUCCCGAGGGCCUUGGAGGAAGUCUAUUAUGCUUACUGCUGGAUGAUGAAUAAUUUCAAGGAGUUGGGCACAACAGGCAAAAGAAUAGUGUUUGCCGGGGAUUCGGCAGGAGCUAACCUCAUAACUGGCUGUACACUAAAGAUACUCUCUUCUGGACUCCGUAGACCUGAAGGUCUAUUUAUGGCAUACGCACCGUUACUGGUCAGCUUCAUACCCAGCCCGGCCCGGCUUCUAUGUCUCAUGGACCCAUUGCUACCUUUUGGAUUCAUGAUGAGAUGUUUAAAAGCAUACGCCAGUCCUAACACUAGUACGAAAGGCAAAGAGGACAAACAUAAAGAUCCAAACACAGUGUCCAACGCAACGACGCCCCUAGAUAGUAAUGGAUUCCUUAAAGUUAGUCCAUCACAAGAGGGUGUAAGUGAAGGUCCAUCGUCAUUCGAAGAAGUUUCACCAUCGGAUCUGGCCGAGUUGCAGGCACACAAGUCUGGCAGUGAACGCAGAAAGUCAUCUGACACCACUAUAAGUGCCGCGUCAUUGCAGAGUGAACACACAGCCACCGGCAUAACUCCGCCGGAGGACAGAUCACAGCAAUACGUAUCAGAUUUCUUGGAGAGAUACGUAUUGGAUAGCGACACAGACAGUGAAGGACGCCGGAUACCGAUCAUCAAGCCCAACAACAAAGCUCUUGAUGACUCUCACAGAGAGGCAGAAUCGGAAGCAUCGAGUACAUUAAUAGGUGAACCGCCGUUAGUGGACGAUCCAGAUCACAAGGACAAAAGAAGGAUAAAAACUCGAAUAAGUGAUGCAGCUAACAGCAUGAUGGGCGCCAUGUCUUCGAAGCUAGCCUAUAUCACCGGCUCAAACACUAUCACAAGGCCGAUACAAGACGAUUUAGCCGUAAGAUCGAAUUUGGACGCGUUGAUAGCACGCAGUCCAUCGGACGAGUUCAUAUUCUCGGUGCCACGUGAUCCACUACUGUCUCCGUAUUGGGCUGAUGAACAGUUGCUCACAAAAUUUCCUCCAGUUAGGAUACUGACGGUGCACCUCGAUCCCUGCCUCGACGACUGUGUAAUGUUUGCCAAGAAACUGAAGAGGCUCGGGAAUAUCGUCGGCAUAGACGUGCUAGAAGGCCUGCCACACGGAUUUCUUAAUUUUUCACUAAUGGCGAAGGAAGCUAACGAGGGGUCCAAGUUAUGCAUGGAACGCAUCAAGCAGUUACUAGAUCUGGAGAGCGCGCCCCCGUCGGAGAACGAUCGGUUAUGAAUGUGCGGUCUGUGUUGCCACACAUAGGUUAACGUUGUGCCUAGCCCGACAAACAAUCAUUGGUAGCGUCACCAGGUACACUUGCAAAUUUUAUUGACAUUCAAAAUUGAAUUUAUUCUCAACCGCAUUAAGUUGAAUUUCGUUAUGUCACGUUUAUAUUUUCACAUAUAUUUACCAAAAUUUUGAGGACAAUCAAUUAUUUACGCCAAUGUUAUUAUGUUAAAUUUUAUUAUAUUUGUAUUUAUAAAAUUUGCGAACAAAAUUUUUACGCUACUAGAAAAUAUACUUUUAUUGAAUGUUAUUAGGUUGAAUUUCGUUGUGUCAAAUAAGAUUUUUGGAAUAGUGUAGUAAUAGUAUAAAUGAAAUAUAUUAAGUAUAGACCCAAAAUUUUAUAAAUGGCGAAUACGCUAACGACUCACUUCCAAGCACACGUUUCAAUGUCUUCUCCCCAUAAUAAAUUAGAGACAGAAAACUCAUCACAGAUUAUCAAAUUGUAGCCUGUAUGUAAAUAAAUUCAAGUAACAAUGAUAAUUAAAUGCAUAGCUUUAACUUGAUAAUCUAUUUAUGAUAAAAAAUUAAGCUAUUUCAGAAAUACCUGAUUAGUACUAAUCUAGUUGUAAACUAUUUUCACCUCUAUUACUCUAUAAGUAUAUUUUACGUAUUUCAAUGAACAAGUAAGUUACAUAUUAAAUUUUAAAUAUAAACCCCCUAACUUAAUAAACAUAUUAUCAACAAAAAAUACUGAAUCGUAUACUCACAUUCAAAGAAACUUUAUAGUAUUAUACUUAAAUAAUGUGAAGUAAUACAUUUUCUACUACAGAGAUUAUGUAUUGUCUUACUCUUUUAUAAUCACAAUUCUAUUAUAAUUUGUUUGGGCUAUGGUUAUAUGUGACUAAAUUGGAUUGUUAAUUUUUGAUGCAUUUUAUUAAUUUUCUUUUAACCUUCCAUCACUCGCACGGGAUUCUGUCAGCACCACAGAAAUUAUCGAACACA